AUGUCUUACUCCAAACUAGAAUCUCUCCCAGUCGAGAUCUCUGUCCAAAUUAGCUCCCUGUUAAAACGAAGGGAUUUAUGCAGUCUGGCUCGCUGUAGCAGGAUCUUGAACGCGCACUAUGCUCCAGAACUAUACAGCACAAUUGUUACCAAGAGCGACCGAGGGACUCAAUACCGUGCAUUGAUCCGCAGGAAUGGAGGCUUUCUUCACUAUACGCAGGAUGUUUGCAGUUACAUCAAGAGUCUCAUUUUCAUGAGCGAGUGUCCUCGAAACGAACAUGAAUUCGCCGAUGAGACAAUGUAUCCGCUGUUGAAUAGAAUUUCCCGAAGUGGUUCACUUCGGCUUCUGCAUUGGAAUAUGACCCAUGGCACAGUACCAACAUGUGUUUUGCAAGCCGGGUCCUUCAGUAAGGGUCUUGUGACGUUAUCGAUUGACCUGGGGAACCCAAUUCAACUGGCCCGAGGCACUUACCAGAAUAUUGGAUGUCAAUCAAUCCGCAAAUUGAGCCUUCGCAACAUAUACAACCAUCCAAAAAAUUUCUUAAUCAUCUACAAUUUCGUCAUAACCGCAGAGAGUUUAUCUCAUCUUGAAUUACAGUUCGUACCAUCACGCACAGAAUUUGGAGCCUUACAGCAAACCUUAGGGAGUGAGGACCAUCCCCCGUUUGAGGACGAGGAAAUCCAGGCACAGUUUGGAGCUAUGAGCUCUCUUCGAGAGCUCUUCCGCGCCACCAUAUACGCUCCAUUGUCGCGCUUGCAUAGACCCUAUUCUAUCGCCAUCCAAUACGCCCCUGUGACGGAAGAUUUGGCUCUUUGUGCCGAUUCACAGAAGAUCCGGGACUUAAGUCUACGAUUCUGCACCGAUUUAGGGGAAACCGAUCUCCAGUGCUCGCUUCAAUUAUUUAGAUCAUUGCGACCCGGCCUGGAGACCCUCGUAUUCAUUUCACUCUGCAAAGAGUUCAGCCUAGAAAGAUUAAACGACCAGGAAUCGCGAUCCCCAUACUGCAUAUAUGCGGACGUGAUCAAUAAACAUUCGGGUUCCCUAAAGAACAUCGCUUUGCAUGAAUCUGCGGGAACUGGGAUUGAAAGAGAACAACUCUAUCCCGGAGAUUCUAUUGUCGCUAGAGCUAAGGCUCUCCUUCCAGCCCAAGUUUCCUUAUCCGUUAAGACCGAUAUCACCCAGGCCGGACCUAUUCUUGGUGCUCCCGCACUCCCACCUAAUUUUGAUCGAAGAAUUGAGUUCUCAGCCGAGGAUAUUUCUUCCUUCAGUUUCAGUACAUUGGAAAUACUCCAUGUGGUUCCCCACAACUGGGCUUUCAUAACGGAAAUGAGGCUGGCGCAAGAAUAUGACUUCUCUAUCGACCUUUUACUGAAGAAUGCCGCCAACGAUCUCAUUCGUAACUAUAGGCAAUUUGGAACAGCUUCACCCGCGCUCAGCUACCUUGUUAUUGGCGUCAAAGGUGAAAAGGAGCUGGUAUUUAGAGUUCGUUGGACCCCAAGAUCUGAUCGUGGGGACUAUUAUGAAUGGGAACCAUUGCUAUCCGUUGAAAAUCAGGAGAGGUAUAUGGCAACCCUACAGGGGUGCUCCAUUUUUGAGUUAUAUCCAAGAGUACUUUUCGAACCAACCCACGGCGUCAAUCGUCCAUUCAAAGGCUGA